AUGUUCCUAACAUUGGUGGUCAGUGGGAAGAAUGUUCCUUACAUUGGGGGUCAGUGGAAAGAAUGUUCCUUACAUUGUGGACAGUGGGAAGAAUGCUCCUUACAUUGGUGGUCAGUGGGAAGAAUGGUCCUUACAUUGGCGGUCAGUGUAAAGAAUGCUCCUUACAUUGGUGGUCAUUGGAAAGAAUGUUCCUUACAUUGGUGGUCAGUGGGAAGAAUGCUCCUUACAUUGGUAGUCAGUGGGAAGAAUGUUCCUUACAUUGGUGGCCAUUGGGAAGAAUAUUCCUUACAUUGGUGGCCAGUGGGAAGAAUAUUCCUUACAUUGGGGGUGAGUGGGAAGAAUGUUCCUUACAUUGGUGGUCAAUGGGAAGAAUGUUCCUUACAUCAGUGGACAGUGGGAAGAAUGCUCCUUACAGUGGUGGUCAGUGGGAAGAAAGCUCCUUACAGUGGUGGUCAAUGGGAA